AUGUCGAGGAUCUGUUUCCGGUCCCAGCUAGCAACAACAGGUACCAGAGCAGCAACAGGUACGGAGCAGCAACGGUGCCAGAGCAGCAACAGGUGCCAGAGCAGCAACAGGUACCAGGCAGCAACAGGUGCCAGGCAACAACCAGGUGCCAGAGCAACAACAGGUACCAGAGCAACAACAGGUGCCAGAGCAGCAACAGGUGCCAGAGGCAGCAACAGGUAUGGAGCAACAGCAGGUGCCAGGCAGCAACAGGUGACCAGAGCAACAACAGGUACCAGGCAGCAACAGGUGCCAGAGCAGCAACAGGUACCAGAGCAGCAACAGGUGCCAGAGCAGCAACAGGUGCCAGAGCAGCAACAGGUGCCAGGCAACAACAGGAGCCGGGUAGCAGCAGGUUCAGAGCAGCAACAGGUACCAGAGCAGCAGUGGGUGCCAAGCAACAACGGGUGCCAGGCAGCAACAGGUACCAGGCAGCAACAGGUGCCAGGCAGCAACAGGUACCAGAGCAACAACGGAAUUGCCAGAGCAGCAACGAGUGCCAGAGCAGCAACAGGUGCCAGAGCAGCAACAGGUACCAGAGGAACAACGGGUACCAGAGCAGCAACAGGUAACAGGCGCGUGCCAGAGCAGCAGUGGGUACCAGAGCAGCAACAGGUACCAGAGCAACAACAGGUGCCAGAGCAGCAACAGGUACCAGGCAACAGCAGGCGCAGAGCAACAACAGUGUACCAGAGCAGCAACAGGUGCCAGAGCAGCAACAGGUACCAGAGCGACAACAGGUGCCAGGCAGCAACGCCAGGCAGCAACACGGAAGCACAAUUGCCAGAGCAACAACAGGUGCCAGGCAGCAACGGUGCCAGAGCAGCAACAGGUACCAGAACAGCAGUGGGUGCCAGGCAGCAACAGGUGCCAGGCAACAACGGGUGCCAGGCAGCAACGGUGCCGGGGCAGCAACAGGUACCAGGCAACAACAGGUACCAGAGGAACAACAGGUACCAGAGCAACAACGGGUACCAGAGCAGCAGCAGCAGAUUUGCCAGGCAGCAACAGGUGCCAGACGGCCAACAGGUACCAGAGCAGCAGCAGGUGCCAGGGCAACAACAGGUGCCAGGCAACAACAGGUGCCAGAGCAACAGCAUGGUGCCAGAGCAGCAAGCAGACGCAGAGCAGCAACAGGUGCCAGGCAACAGCAGGUGCCAGGCAGCAACGGGUGCCAGGCGGCAACAGGUGCCAGAGCAGCAACGGUGCCAGAGCGGCAACAGGUGCCAGAGCAACAACAGGUUGCCAGGCAGCAACAGGUACCAGAGCGGCAACAGUGCCAGGGCAGCAACAGGUGCCAGGCAGCAACAGGUGCCAGAGCGACAACGGGUGAAGGGCAGCAACGGGUGCCAGAGCAACAACAGGUGCCAGGCAGCGAGACACCCAGAGCAGCAACAGGUGCCAGAGCAGCAACGGGUGCCAGAGCAGCAGCAUGUGCCAGGCAGCAACAGGUACCAGGCAGCAACAGGUACCAGGCAACAACAGAGUGCCAGAGCAGCAACAGGUGCCAAGGCAACAACAGGUGGAGCAGCAACAGGUACCAGAGCACAACAGGUGCCAGAGCAACAACAGGUACCAGAGCAACAACAGGUACCAGAGCAACAACAGGUACCAGAGCAACAACAGGUACCAGAGCAGCAACAGGUGCCAGAGCAACAACAGGUACCAGAGCAACAGCAAUUGCCAGGCAACAACAGGUGCCAGAGCAGCAACAGGUGCCAGAGGAACAACAGGUACCAGGCAGCAACAGUGCCAGAGCAGCAACAGGUGCCAGAGCAACAACAGGUACCAGGCAGCAACAGGCAGCAACAGGUGCCAGAGCAACGACAAGCAGGUACCAGGCAGCAGCAGGUGCCAGGCAGCAACAGGUGCCAGGCAGCAACGGGUACCAGGCAACAACAUGUACCAGGCAGCAACAGGUACCAGAGCAGCAACAGGUACCAAGAGCAGCAACAAGUGCCAGAGCAGCAACAGGUGCCAGAGCAACAACAGACGCAGAGCAGCAACAGGUACCAGAGCAGCAACAGGUACCAGAGACAACAGGUACCAGGCAACAAGGUUGCCAGAGCAGCAACAGGGACAGAGCAACAACAGGUACCAGGCAGCAACGAGUUGCCAGAGCAGCAACAUGUGCCAGGAGCAACAACAGGUGCCAGGCAGCAACGGGUACCAGAGCAGCAACAGGUGCCAGGGCAGCAACAGGUACCAGGAAGACAGCAAGGUACCAGAGCAACAACAGGUACCAGAGCAGCAGGUACCAGAACAGCGAAUUGCCAGAGCAGCAACAGGUGCCAGGCAGCAACAUGUGCCAGGCAACAACAGGUACCAGGAGCAGCAGCAGGUGCCAGAGCGGCAACAUUUGCCAGGCAGCAACAGGUGCCAGAGCAACAACAUGUGCCAGAGCAGCAGGUACCAGAGCAGCAGCAGGUACCAGAGCAGCAACAAGUACCAGAGCAGCAACAGGUACCAAGGCAGCAACAGGUACCAGAGCAGCAGUGGGUACCAAAAGCAACAACAGGUACCAGGCGGCAACAGGUCCAGGCAGCAACAAGGUGCCAGAGCAGCAACAGGUACCAGAGCAUAACAGGCACAGAGCAGCAACAGGUACCAGAGAGCAGCAAUGGAGUACCAAAGCAACAGCAGCAUCGGCAGGUACCAGCCACCUGCUGGAGCACGUCUUAUGAGUGCCAAAGACAGCAAAAUAAUCAAGACGAUUGUGGUGUGUUGAGCCAACCAUUAGUCUACCAGGAAGUGGAACAGCUCUAA